AAAAUUUGUGAUAUAAAAGAAAUCAAAUUGUGCCUAAAACUGCAGACUUCUGAAACUUCGCAGCCUGUGAAGAAGAGCCCUUUGCUUUCUACGAACAUGAAUCUGUUCUCAAUCUGUUUUCUGCUGUUUUUCAUCUCUCUAGCAAGUGGCAAAAUCGAUCUCCCGUUCAAACCGAUCCCAUGUAGGAAGACUGAAGGUCUGAAGUACUGCCGGGCUUGGUGUCGUUUAUGGGACAGGCCACAUGCACAGUGUAUAACGACAUCAGAUGGGACACUCAAGAACGCUUGCGUAUGCAUGGGAUACAAUGGACAAUUAUGAAGUUGGCGUGCAAAGCACACUUACGAGCGUCUUCUAUUCUGUGCAUGAAUUUCUCAUUUUUUGCACAAUAAAGCAGUUACAAAUUUGUUAAA